AUGGAAAAAGUCCUCGCCUGGUCCGUCGCCGCCUCAGCGCCCGAACAAGAGGGUGAAGACCGUCAACUCCCCCGUCUAGACCAAGAUGCUCUAGCUCAGCUGCUCAUGGGCGGCAAAAGCGAUGCCGAUAUGAUGAUCGAAGCUAUGCAAUGUAUCACCGACCCCACAGCCACCCUCGAAAACCGAGAAAUCGCCUUCGAUAAUUUCGAACAAUUAGUUGAGAAUCUCGAUAAUGCGAAUAAUAUGGAGAACCUUAAGCUUUGGGAUCCACUCGUUAGGCAAUUACAGGCGGUUGACAAGGAGAUGAGGUUUAUGGCGGCGUGGUGUAUUGGGACUGCUGUGCAGAAUAAUGAGAAGAGUCAGGAUCAGUUCCAUAAAACCGAAGGUGUAGAAAAACUCAUCCACCUCGCUUUGAACGAUUCCGCUCCCGAUGUUAGAUCGAAGGCUCUCUACGCUAUCAGCAGCUUUGUCAGGAACCACCAGCUCGCACUGGACCAGUGCCUUUCAAAGCUACCGGACGGGUUAAAAGAAGAGUAUUCUCAAAAGAGCUUGAGUGCUGAAGAUAUGGACGGUAUAGACGAGCUUAGGACUAGAUUGAAGUCGGAAGGGAACAAAGUCGCUGCAUAA